AUGGGAUGUCGCGGGGCAAAGCCCAUAUAUAAACUAUUUGGUAUGAGCGUGGUCAAAUUGCUCUAUCAUUUAUACUCGAUAUCUUUGGAUCGAGAUAAUGCUGGAUUUUCAAGUCAGGUCUUUAUCAAGGCAAUUCAGCUCAUUACAGCAAAACUUAUCUCGGGUUUUGUCAAGUCUUUACUUCCAUUACUGCCUCCGCGUGCGCGAUAA